AACAAGUAACAACGACGACUCCACAAUCGUCAUCUUCUUCCUUAAUCUUUUUUCUGAAUAAUUAUUUUAUAAAUAUAUUCAGAUUUCCAAAAUCGAGCAUAUUUUCCAAACCGCAAUCCGAAAAUUUUGCGAUUUCUGUUUCGAGAUAUAUAUACGCGUUGGCAGUUUGAUUGGAUUUUGUUCGAUUGAGCACUCAGAUGAAUCACAGUUCGGCGGCGUCUCAGUACAUGGACAAGCAGAUCAUGGAUCUCUCCAAUUCCCAGACCAGCAUCGCCAGCAACAAUGGCGGCGCCGGCUCUGAGUUCAUCGAUUUCAUGAAUCGCCCGGCGGAGAAGAAGGAGGACAUCGUCCCGAGCUACGAUUUCAUGCCGAUUCGACCUGCGGCGGCGGCGGCGGCGGCGUCGUCUUCGUCGCCGAAGGCAGCUCGGUCGAACUUCGACUCGGACAAUGACGAUCCUCCCCUCAGGACGUGGAAUUCUGUGGAUUCGAAAGCAAAUCCCUCGCCUAUCAGACAUUACAAUUCCUUUGGUGUUGAUGAACCUAGUAAAUUUGUGUCGGUGAAGAAUCAGAAAACUGACAAUGCACCUUUGGAGGGGAGUUUUGUUUCUGACGUUGAGAAGAUGAUGAAGAAGCAUAUGGAAAAUCUGAUGCACGCCGUUGAUAACAUGAGUUCAAGGUUGUCGCAGUUGGAAACAAGAACUCGCAACUUGGAGCACUCCAUUGAUGACUUGAAAAUAUCUGCCGGGAACAAUCACGGUGCAAUUGAUGGAAAAAUGAGACUGCUGGAGAAUAUUCUUACAGAGGUGCACUCUGGUGUUAAGGUAGUAAGAGAUAAACAAGACAUUUUUGAAGCUCAACUGCAGAUUGCUAAGUUGCAGUUGCCAAAGACAGAACAAGUUGAAAGCAAGAUUAAUGUUCAACCUGAUCCAAUGCAGAUCGGAGUGCCGACGCAACAUCAGCUCUCUAGUGUCCCUCCGACACAGGCACCUCCGGCCCUUCCCCCGAAUGCUCCUCUGCCACCUCCACAACAGAACAUACAACCCCAAGUUCAACCUCCCAACCAGUUCCCUCAAAAUCAAAUUCCUUCCGGCUCUCAGCGAGAUUCUUACUUCAACCCCAACCUACCCAGCCAAACCCCAGAGAACCCAAAUCAGCAGUAUCAAACUCCAGAAAACCCAAAUCAGCAGUAUCAGUCACAGCAGCAGCUUGCAGCCCCACCUCCACCACAACACCAGUAUCAGCCACCACCGCAGACACAAUAUGCUCAGCCACCUCCACCUCCACCUUCUCAACCACACUCCUCGUUCUCACCUGUUAGCCCCUCUAUGCCUCAGCCACCGAUAGGUCAUCACUCUGAAGAAGCACCGUAUAUGCCCUCCCAAAACUACCCCAUGAGCUCUCGCCCACCUCCCUCUGUUCCACCUACUGGAGUUUCCCCACCAGCCUCUGCACAAUACUAUGGACUAACACCCAAUGUGUAUGAGCCUCCACCCACAAGCAGGCCUGGUUCAGGAUACUCAGGUUCGUUCGGUCCACCACAAGGCCUUGGUGAACCCUAUUCGUAUGGCAGUGCUCCAUCACAGUAUGGUACUAGCUCCUCUAUGAAGCCGCAGCAACUAUCUUCUCCUGGUAUGGGCCAGAGUGGUGGUGGUAGUGGUUAUCCGCAGCUGCCUACUGCUCGAAUACUGCCUCAAGCACUGCCAACUGCCUCUGCAGUGGGUGGUGGCCCUGGUGCUGGUUCUGGUACUGGUGGAUCUGGGAACAGGGUUCCGAUUGAUGAUGUAGUCGACAGGGUAACCAACAUGGGGUUCUCUAGAGAACAAGUAAAGGCAACUGUUCGAAAGCUAACAGAAAAUGGACAAGCGGUUGAUUUGAAUGUCGUCCUGGACAAGUUGAUGAACGAAGGGGAUGGGCAAGGUCCACGAGGGUGGUUUGGCCGGUAAUUCGACUCUGUUGCAUGUUCUGUAAAGUUCACAUUUCCAUCUUUGAUCCAACUCUGCUGGACAUGAAUAAUUUGUCUGAGUUCCCAAUAUCUUGUGAUUGGCUUUUAUAUGUUUUUUUGUUGAUAAUGAAAUGAAACCUAUAUUAUUGUGUGGCA